AUGAGUAGUAUUAAAGACUACAGGCUAUUGCAAUACGAUGAGGUCCUCAAACGCUACCCACCAGUUCCGUCGGAUUCAUCUCACACCAAAUCCAUUGCGAGUCAAAGGCCAUAUCUUCCGGUGCUGGUAGUAUUGGACGACGAUCCGACUGGCACACAGACUUGCCACGAUAUCAACGUGCUUACAGUAUCGGACCAUGAGACUCUGUUGAAGGAAUUUCGCUCUAGUCCGUCUGGCUUCUUCAUUUUGACCAACUCCCGUGCUCUUCCAACCGCAGAAGCCCGCCAGCUCAUCACCACCAUCUGCCGUGCGGUCAAGGAUGCCGCAGCUGCGGCAGGGCAGGAGAUUGAGAUAGUCCUGCGUGGCGACUCCACCCUCCGUGGACACUUUCCUGACGAGCCUGAGGUCGUUGAAGAGGUGCUGGGCCAGCACGACGCAUGGAUUCUGGCACCGUUCUUCGAGCAGGGAGGUCGCCUAACGAUAGACGAUGUCCAUUAUGUUCGAGGUCCCGAAGGCGAGUUGACGCCUGCGGCCCAAACCCCAUUCGCCAAAGAUGCAUCAUUUGGGUACUGCAACUCGAAUCUGCGCAGAUACAUCGUCGAGAAGUCGAACGGUCGCAUCACCGACGACCGCAUCUGCUCUGUCAGUAUCGCAGACAUACGUAAUGGCGGAGCACAGAAAGUAUGCGAGAAUCUGAUGAGUGCUCCUCCACACGCUGUCGUUAUUGUGAACGCCAUCGCCACUUCAGACAUGGAGGUCUUCCUUCUCGGGCUGCUGGAGGCUCGGAUGAGAGGGAAGCGCUUCUUGUAUCGUACUGGCGCUGCUUUUGUCUCAACCCGUCUGGCGAUUGAGGAGAUACCGCCACUCAGUCCAAGCUCGCUGGCCAUGGAUAUUUCACCACGAGCUCCGGGAGGGCUCAUCCUCGCCGGUUCAUACGUGCCGAAGACUACUGCGCAACUCCAGGCUUUGACCGACGGUCGCAAGGAUGUUUUGGAGACGAUAUGCCUCGAAGUGAAGGACUUACUGGAUGCCAGCACCGCACGAGCAGCUGUCCUUGAGGCUGCCGAUCGAGCAGGCGAGGCAAUACUUGCCAGUCGGGACGUGCUGGUCAUGACCAGUAGGGAACUCAUUACCGGCAAGGACGGAAACUCCAGUCUGCGGAUCGGGCAAGCGGUCGCAGAUGCUCUAGUCCUUUUCCUACGCCUACUCAUUCCUCGGCCGCGAUACAUUAUAGCUAAAGGAGGGAUUACGAGCUCAGACGCUGCCAGCAAAGGGCUUCGCAUGCGACGAGCAGAGAUUUGCGGUCAAGCGGCUUCCGGUGUUCCGCUAUGGCGCUGUGACGAGAAGUCGUCCAAAUAUCCGGGCGUGCCGUUUGUUGUCUUCCCUGGAAACGUUGGGCAAGACGGAACACUACGAGACUUAGUGGAGCGAUGGUCAAUACCAGAAAAGUCCACCCAGCCAGAAAUGCAAUAUCAAAACCUCGGAUCAACUGGUCUCAAAGUAUCACGAGUCAUACUGGGCUGCAUGGGUUUUGGCAAUCCCAACUGGCAGGGCAGUCCAUGGGUGCUCCCGGAUUCCGAGUCUCUUCCUCUGUUAAAGAGAGCAUACGACACUGGACUCAACACAUGGGAAACUGCUGAUACUUAUUCGAAUGGCCACUCUGAGCUAAUCAUCGGCAAAGCGAUGAAACAGUAUGAUAUCCCUCGCAGCAAGGUCGUGAUCAUCAGCAAAAUCUACCACCCAGUCCUCGAAGACACACCAGACUUGCGAUCGCAACCAGCAGCCAACGAUGGGCCGCUUGCGAAUCAAAUGGGCCUGAGUCGCAAGCGUAUCUUCGAGGCGGUGGAAGGCUCCCUCCGCCGCCUUCAGACACCAUAUCUCGACGUCCUGAUGCUACACAAGUUAGAUGUGGAAACACCAGUCGAAGAAAUCAUGCGCGCUUUGCACGAUCUCGUCGUGGCGGGUAAAGUCCAUUACCUAGGCGCUUCCAAUCUGCGCUGCUGGCAACUGGCCAAGAUGCAGUUUACGGCCAAGAUGCACGGCUGGACGCCCUUCAGCUGCAUCUCGCCGCUGUGGAACCUGCUGUAUCGGGAAGAAGAACGCGAACUGGUCCCUUUCUGCAGAUCCGAGGGCAUUGCGAUCCUACCCUGGAGCCCGCUCGCGCGAGGCCUGCUUGGACGACCAUAUCACAAACAGACAGCGCGGUCACAGGUAGAUGCGAAAACGAAGCAGUGGUUCAAGGGUGAACAAGAUGAGGCAGUGGUCGGUAAGCUCGAGGCUUUGGCGGAGCGCAAGGGGCGAUCGAUGGCUGCUGUGGCGACUGCCUGGUUGCUGCACCAGGGAUCGUGUCCUAUCCUCGGGCUCGCGACUGACUCGAGAAUCGAGAACGUCCGCGAGGCUUUCGCCGUCGAAUUCGAGCCUGGUGAAGUGCGAGAGCUGGAAGACGCUUAUGGGUCUGUACAGAUGAUCGAGAUGUAG